AUGGCCUCUUCAACUCCGAAGCUGCCAUUGUUUGAUCACAAAACAAUCCACCUCCUCGCUUACGCAGUUCUCCUCGGUAGCAACAUGCAGCAGACCUUGAUGAACGGACCGAUGGGCUUACGAGUCCUCACGAGAUCUCAGUUCAGCAUUCUGCAGCAAAACAUAUUCCCACCAUACUUUACAGGUCACGCACUAUUCUCGUUCAUCACUCUCGCCACGGCUCCGCAACAAGAGCUGUCCCAGCGAAGUAGCACAUUGGCGCCUGUGCUGUUCCACGGGUUGCUUAGUCUAGCCAACCUCCUCUACGUCGGGCCGCAGACGAUCAAGGUUUUGCGGCAGAGGACUCAUCAAGAGACUAUGGAUGGCAAGAAGUGGGACGAUAAGGAGCAGUCACCGACAAUGAAGAGCUUGAACCGUUCCUUCGUAAUCUGGCAUUUUCGGAGCUUCUGGAUGAAUAACGUGGGGUUGGUAGCGCUCGUUUAUUAUGGAACGUUACUUGCUCGGAGACUGAAGUGGUAG